AUGACCAAAGACACAAAUUUCGACAAUCUCAUCCCAAAUGAUGAACCAAUGGUUCAAGUCAAGGACCCGACCACAAAAUUACAAUGGAAUGUUCAGCCUUCUGAUUUUUCCAAACUCUGCUCAAACCCUAUCCGGAAAAUCGUGGACAAUCUUCAAAAAACCACGACUUCAAGUAAAACCUUGAUCUCACUCUCACUCGGUGAUCCAACAGUGUUUGGAAAUUUGCACUGUCCUGAUGUAUUGGUGCAAGCAAUCAUUCGUAACACUCGAUCGAUGCAACAUAAUGGCUACAUUCAUUCGGCUGGUUCCGAAGUAGCCCGUGCAGCAAUUGCUCAGCACUUUGGAAGUAUAAGCGCUCCAUUGACAUUAAAUGAUAUUAUCGUUGCCAGUGGAUGCUCCGGUGCCAUUGAAAUUGCUCUUCAAGGGUUAGUAAACCCUGGUGACAAUAUUCUUCUCCCGAAACCAGGAUUUCCAUUGUACCAAGCCCUUUGUGAAGCACACAAGGUUGAGUGUCGAUUUUACAACCUCAUGCCAGAACACAAUUGGGAGGCUGAUCUGGACCACAUGCAGUUCUUGGUUGAUGAUAAUACCAAGGCUAUUCUCGUGAAUAAUCCAUCCAACCCGUGCGGUAGCGUCUACUCAAAGCCUCAUUUGAAGGACAUUCUUGCUUUGGCAGAGAUGAACAAAAUCCCUAUCAUUGCAGAUGAGAUCUACGGUGACAUGGUAUUUGGAAGCAACAUGUUCUUCCCCAUAGCGACUUUGACGAAGACGGUUCCUGUAGUGGCUGUCAGUGGUUUAGCCAAACAAUUCUUGAUCCCUGGCUGGAGGGUAGGCUGGGUCAUGGUGCACGAUCGCAAUAAUAUCCUGAAAGACGUGCGCACUGCCUAUUUCAAGUUGUCUCAGAAUAUUCUUGGAGCAAACUCGCUGGUUCAGAGUAUAAUUCCGGAUGUGCUUACACCUGUUCCCGAAAGUGCUGAAGAGCAAUCAUUACUGGAUUUCAAGAAGCGCUAUUUUACGACUCUGGAGGAAAAUGCCACGUUCACGAUCGAAACUCUUGCAAGGAUCCCGGGUCUGGAAGUGAUCGUCCCUCAGGGCGCGAUGUACGCGAUGGUGAAAAUUCGAACCGACAUCUUAACUAAGAUCAAGGACGACUUAAGCCUCACGCAAAAGCUGCUGGAUCAAGAAGCUGUAUUCGUGUUGCCUGGACAGUGCUUUGGAAUGACCAACUACUUUCGGAUUGUGUUCGCAGCACCACACGAGGUACUGGCCGAUGCCUACAUUCGCCUCGCCCAGUUCUGUCGCCGCCAUCAGUGA